GGCAACUUGGAUGAGAUCGAUGCUUUGUUAGGGUGCCCCGUGUAUCUCACGGACCUUGAUGUCAUAGACAAGAUGAAUUCCCUGUCCAGACAAGAGCGAGAAUUCCUGUGCUCGCUGCUUUUCUUCAACAUUAAUUGGUUCAGAGAGGUUAUCAAUGCUUUCUGCAUGCAACCAAAUGCUGAUAUGAAGGGAAAAGUGUUAACACGACUACAGAACAUCACAUGGCUGCAGUCUUUGCUGGAGAAGUGCCUUGCAGAAUCUCCCGGAUAUAUCCCCCCACCCGCAAACUUUGACUGUGAGCAACAAGAAGUCCCACCAAGCGCAGUAGCAGCUGCCCCUGCAAAGAAGGCAAAGAAAGGU